CUAGCUUCACUUUCAUUUUGUACCAACCCAACCCAAGCUUGUGCAUUCUUUCCUGAAACUUUACUCUCACACACAUGGCUCGCUCAGUGCCUUUGGUUUCAACCAUUUUUGUCUUGCUUCUUCUUCUGAUAGCCACCGAGAUGGGGCCAACAAUGGUGGCAGAAGCAAGAACUUGUGAGUCUCAGAGCCAUCGUUUCAAGGGGCCAUGUUUAAGUGACACCAACUGUGGCUCUGUUUGCCGAACCGAAGGUUUCUCUGGAGGACACUGCCGUGGCUUCAGUCGCAGAUGCUUCUGCACCAAAGAAUGUAAUAAAAAUAAUAAUAAUUAAGAGUGCUUUGAUAGAAGAUGAUAGAUCCAUCACCUUUCUACUCGUGUUUGAGAAUAAAGGGUUACCCAUUCUACUAAGGGUUUGUCUCUUAUUUUAUUUAGUUAGAUCUUUUUAUGAUAUGAGUGAGUGUGAAGGAAUUAUGUAAUCUGUGUUCUUAAUUUAAUAUUUGGAUUAGUUUGUUUAAA